AUGCCAUCCAACCAUCUCAUCUUCUGUCAUCCCCUUCUCCUGCCUUCGAUCUUUCCCAGCAUCAGAGUCUUUUCUAAUGAGUCAGCUCUUCGCAUCAGGUUGCCAGAGUAUUGGAGCUUCAGCCUCAGUCUUUCCAAUGAAUAUUCAGGAUUGAUUUUCUUCAGGAUUGACAGAUUUGAUCUCCUUGCUGUCCAAGGGACUCUCAAGAGUCUUCUCCAGCACCAGUUUGAAAACAUCAAUUCUUUGGUGCUCAGCUUUCCUUAUGGUCCAACUCCCACAUCCAUACAUGACUACUGGAAAAACCAGAGCUUUGACUAUACAGAUCUUUGUCAGCAAACUGAUGUCUCUGCUUUUACUGUCUAG